AUGUCGCGCAACACCUAUGAGGAAAGGCCCACCAUCAGGCCGUUUGAUCCUAGCAUUCACAAGGAUGAGGUAGAUCGCCUAUUUCGGAAGCUCAAGGACACGCGGCUACCGCAGAUACCCAUUGUGCCGGAUGCGGGCGAUGAUUUUGGACCCUCACUGGAAUGGACCAACAAGCUAUACAACUACUGGUUGAACGAUUUCUCUUGGCCAGAUGCACAGAAGCAGAUAUCAGAAUGGCAUCACUUUACCACAACGAUAGAAGAGCUCAAAGUUCAUUUCAUACAUGAAAAGGCCAGAGUGCGAAAAGAGAAGGCGAUACCACUCCUGCUUGUCCAUGGCUGGCCAGGAACAUUCUUUGAGUUCCAGAAUGUAAUGCAUGCUUUGCUCGAGCCGUCAGAGGCUGACCAGCCGUCCUUCCAUCUUGUUGUUCCUUCGCUACCAGGAUUCUGUUGGUCGCAAGGACCGCCACACGGAACAUGGACGUUGCAGGACACCGCGCGUGUAUACGAUACAUUGAUGCAGAGUCUUGGCUACAAAACUUACGUUGCGCAAGCAGGUGACUGGGGCCACUGGGUGGUACGAGAACUUGGCACUGGCAGGUAUCCCGCGUGCAAGGCAGUCCACACCAACAUGUGCCCAGGAGCACCUCCAAAAGGCACUAAGUUAAAUGAGAAAGAACAGGCAGCCAUGGACCGCGCGAAGUGGUGGAUUGGAGACCCGCUGAACGAAGGCCACAUGGGGUAUGCGAUUGAGAUGCGCACACGGCCACAGACCAUUGGCGUGGCUUUCAAUGACAACCCGGUGGGUAUCAUGAUGUUUAUCGGCGAGAAGUAUCAAGAGCUCGCAGAUCCGACCCUGAAAACGGCGACACUGGAUAAUAAGCAGUUCAAUCACGACCUCUGCACGACACUGUCGUUGUACUUUUUCACUCCGCCAUCAAUUAUGACAUCCAUGUUGUGCUACUACAACAAUGUGCGGCAUGAGGUCUACACCGAGUUUAAUGCGAAGGAAGAGAACCUCAUUCGGGUGCCGCUCGGCGUGAGCACGUUUCCGUACGACGCAUUCCCUGUACCCAAAGCCGGUGCGGAGACCACAGCCACGAAUUUGCAGUUCUUCAAAGAGUACGACCAUGGCGGGCACUUUGCGUGUAUGGAGUGUCCAAAGGAGAUGGUGAGCGAUAUGCGGGAGUUUUUCCCUCAACAUUACAAGCGGUAA